AUGGCUACCAAGUCUGAAGUCUUCGAUGAUGGCAAGUCCAUCACUAGUGCGCCUCCCCCAUACAACGAGACUUCUACCGCUGCAUCAUCAACUGUGACAAAUUCUGUCCAAUGCACUGGCAACCGAUUGUCUUUAUUUUCAUUUCUAUGGAACAAGCAUAAACAGACUCAGGUUGAACAAAUACAGGAACUCACCAACAUUGAACAGACUCAGGUUGAACAAACACAGGAACUCACCAACAUUGAACAGACUCAGGUUGAACUUGCCAAGAUUGAACAGACUGAGGCUGUUCUAUCUCACAUCCAUGAUAUUGUCUCUUUUCCCAAUUUUAUGCCUGUUGCCCCUAUCAUCAACACCUUUGCUGCUGCUCUCCUCCCUGCAGAAUUCUCUGACCUCCUGCAAAAUCCCAAUAUUGAGGGUCACACUGCAAUGUAUUGGGCAGUUGUGAAUGGCCAGAGAGAAGCCUUUUCAGUGUUUGCUGCACACAUCCCCCAAUUCUCAUCUGUUUGCUCUUCUGACUUGCGUCUUGCAUGCAUGUCAACUAGCAACCAUGCAUUGUUUAUGCAGCUGAAUUUGGGACAUGUUAUCAAUUCCAAGGAUGAGUCUUUGAGACAUUUUUUGGGUUGCCCACCAGAUGAGGUCCAGGUGCAUGAUAAAGGGGAUAGAAUGGGCAAGAACCAGUUUGUUGCUUGCUUCUGCAUCAGGAUGUUCCAGAAACGCCUGCGCACUGCAGGUGAAUUGGGCAUAGAAUUUAUUGCUGCAGGACGUAUAUGGUGGUUUCUCAUCUAUAUGGGAAAUGAUGGGAGGUGGCACAUUGGGUUCAGUCUUUCUUAUCCUAGCUUUCCAGCUCAUCCAGAAGCUGUGCUUGUGAUCAAGGCCCACAACAGCAACCCUGACAGUGCAACCCAACCUGAAGAUCUGCAAAUGCAAUACUAG